CAACAAAUCAACGUGCCGCUGGCAAACGUCCCCGGAAAAAACGAGUUGACAACUCUGGCUAUAUAGUACAGCGUGUCACAAAUUAAACUUAAGCCCACUAUUUGUGUCAUUUAUGGGAAAAUGUGUGAUCAAUGAUGACUUCUGAAAUUAGAGAGACGUCGCCACCGAUUGCUGCUGGUAUAUGGAUAGCUGUCAUAUCAAGUUUCAUCAAUGGAUCGACGUUUGUGCUUCAGAAAAAGGGAAUAUUACGUUCCCGUAAAAGAGGUGGGUCCUAUCUAAGAGAUGGCGUAUGGUGGAGCGGUACCCUCGCCAUGAUUGUGGGACAGAUGGGGAACUUCCUGGCCUAUAACGCAGCCCCUGCUGUGGUGGUCACACCUUUAGGAGCCCUGGGGGUGCUGUUUGGGGCUGUACUGGCCUCGUAUGUCCUCCAGGAACAGCUGAAUGUCCUGGGGAAGCUGGGCUGUGUGUUGUGUUGCUCUGGUUCUGUCGUGCUCAUCAUUCACUCCCCUGAAUCGGAGAGCGUCACCUCUAGUCUGGAGCUGGAAGAGAGGCUGGCUGAUCCAGUGUUCGUCACCUAUUCCUUGUUGGUGGUCAUACUGCUGGUUGUGCUGAUGGUGUGGGUGGCCCCAGCUCACGGUACGUCCAAUAUCAUGGUGUACGUGUCCAUCUGCUCCCUCCUGGGGAGUUUCACAGUCACCAGCAGUAAAGGGCUGGGCCUAGCUGCCCAGGGUGCCUUCAGCGGGGGGCCUUCCAGCAGCCGAGCCCUAGCUCUCUUCCUGGUUCUACUGGGAACCCUGUCCGUCAGCGUCCUCAUCCAGUUCACCUUCAUCAACAAGGCUCUGGAGCACUACAGCUCUAACAUGUUUGAAGCCAUUUACUAUGUGACCUUCACAUCUACAGUCCUCAUAGCUUCAGCCAUCUUGUUCAGAGAGUGGACCGCAGUGGGUUUAGUAGACUGCCUGGGCAUGGUGUGUGGGCUAACCGUUGUGGCUGUAGGGGUCCUGCUGCUCCGCAUCUCAUCAGAGGCCUCACUCACCUGGAAGCAAACUGCUAAAGCACCAGAUAAAAGGGAUUAAUCAGAGAUUUAUCAGUCUCAGGGAGGUUAAUGCAGUGUUUAUUGGUUAAUUUGGGGCCCAAUUUUUUUAAUUUUUUAUCUUGAAUUACAUAUAUAAUUGUAUUGUGAAUUGCGUUGUAUCUAAUAAAAUACUUGAAUGUAAGUGUAAGAAUCUUACUGUGGAUUUGCGAACAACAUAUCUGUUGUGCAAUAUUUGUUUCUCGCCAUUCUCAAGGGCUCAAUGAUAGGCAUUAUAAAUAUAAUAAAAAUAUAAUAUAAAUAUAAUAAAAAUAUAAUAAAGUAGCAUUGUUUCUGUUUUAAUGUGCUAGAUGUUUACUAUCGUCAGUCAGUGUCAAUCCAUGUGGACUGGCUGUAACCAAAGAGCCUAACUGAGGUGCCGAUUGAAAAGUCUAAUUUCAUUACAACUUACGACCUGUGGUCAAAAUUGUCAGUAUGUGGUCGUCUUUUAUAAUGAAGUGAAAUUAACUCAAUGAUUUUUGUAAUUUACAACAAUAAAAGGCAAAACAUG